AACAAACUUUAAAACCAGUCUCAUACAAUUUUCUUCGUCCAGCUCAAAUCACGUGAUGUCAUCAACCGCUGUCGUCUCGCUCGUCGGCCUCCAACGUUUCACUUUAUUCUCGAGUCUCCCUCCCGAAAUCCGCUUCAUUAUAUGGCGACUCAGUCUUUCACCCCGCAUCGUCGAGAUCCUCGCGUCUGACUGCUGUGAUGGCUUCUACUCGCACGCCGCGCUUCCGGCUGCGCUCCACGUAUGUCGGGAAUCGAGACAGGCAGUCGAGGCACUCUACCCUAGCUGCUUCGGGUCAUUUCUGCAGCCCGAAAGAGUGCUGUUCAAUUUCGAUCUCGAUAUCCUCUAUUUAGAUAUUAGCGAAGAAGAGGAGGGCCUCAAUCGCUUUUUUGGAAUUCUGAAAGAAACUGAGCUAAUUCGUCUGAAAUAUGUCGCGAUUGAUUCGGCGUAUCUUGGCGGCGUGGCCGAUUUUCAGUUGACGACGGCGGCUUUAAAGAGAGCAUUGAAGGCCAUGACAGACCUAAAGGAGAUGAUAGUUGUCUGUGAUGUUACGGACAGUUCUUUCUUGCAAAGGACGCAGAUAAAGUUUUAUGCCGAGCGCGAUGCUGAAGAGAAUUGGCCGCAUACUGACAUCGAGGAACUUCCUGAUGUCCAAAAGGAAUAUGGGGGUUGGAAACUGUCAAAUAUUAGGAAGAUGACGGCUGUGUACGGAUGGCGGCCAAUACCAGUAUGAUUGAUCUGAAAAAUUCAAGCGGAUAAUCUUGAAGGCGAUUUGGUGGAUUUACGGAGGCAAUUAGCUUGUUAGUCGACAAAUCUCGGAAGCAAGUUCUGAUUUUCUGAUUUUUUUGAGUCGCUCCCAAGUAGAGGGGUGGGCAAAAGUUAAGCUCUUCACUAAUAGUAUAUGUCGCAAGUACAGUAUGCGCUCUGUGAGGAACAUAAAGUUGAGUGCUCCGGAGAGCUGAUAGGGGAAAAUGAGCACAGGAGCCAAGCCCCAUAAAUCACUUGAGUUCGGCAUAUAAGGUGUACUUAAGGAGAGCCCUCGUGCCGUAUAAUAGUAUAGAAGUAAUUAAUAGGCUAAGUAAGAAUCAAG